AUGUUAUUCUUCUUGAGUUGGUUCUUGCUCGCCCUCAUUUCGUCCUUCGUUUUGGCCGACGUCAACGAUGCCGUCGAUCGUCUGAUAGCCGCCCUUCCAGGACAGGUCCAAACUAAUGAUAUUCCCCCACCAUAUAACACCCGAUUUGAUGAAGCCAAUGGUUACGAUCCAGCCGCUAUGGUUUACGUGUCUUCAGCUGAGGAUAUUAUUAUUGCCUUGAAGAUAUGUUACGAGGAAGAUACUCCUGUAGCUCUGAGGAGUAAUGGUGGCCACUCUUAUAUCGGACAAUCUACAGUCAACGGAGGGGUCAUCAUCAACUUCUCAGAAUUGAAGAGUUUCGAUGUUACUUAUAAUGAUGAUGGUCGGUACGUCGCUAAGAUGGGCUCUGGUUUGAUGUUGUUGGAAGUGUACUCGAGGCUUGCUCGUCAUGAUCCCCCACUAGGGUUGGCUGCAGGCUCUGGUUCUUCCGUUGGUUUAGCUGGUUUAACCUCUGGUGGUGGCCAUGGUCUGUCUUCCGCUAUGUAUGGUGUCACAUCUGAUAGAAUUGUUGCUGCUGAGGUUGUGGUCUACAAUCGUGAGAAUGGUCAGUUUGAAUUGGUUACUGCUACCGGUUACAAUGAGUAUUCUGAUCUUCUCUUUGCUGUCCGUGGUGGUAUGGGUGGUAACUAUGGUGCAUUAGUUUCACUAAGUUAUGACGCCUUUCCUGUCACUAACGUGGUUAUUAUUUCCGGUAAGAACUUCGAUUCGAAUCCUUCCUUACAAGCUCAGAGGAUUAAAGCCUUUCAAGAAUUUAUGCACUCCGAUGCUGCCGGUCCUGAGAUGUUCGGAAUCGGUAAAUUCUUAGGCGGUGGUGGGAUUCAGUACAGCGCUCAGUGCAUCUGUGAUGAUGUUACUGGUGAUUGUACGGCCUGUCAUGGUAAAUUGGAUGCGAUGCAAGCUGCCGUCGGCCUGGCUAAUCCUCUACGUGUCGAGCAAGACUUUGGAAAGGCCAUGUGGUACUGGGCUGAUUGCACUUCCGAUUCUUGGAUGGACUUCUACCCUUCUGAUGGUGUAGCUAACUGCAGUGAGGAGGAUCUCCAAGAUGCUAUGGAAAAGUGUUGGUCAUUUGAUAGAGAUGUUUACGGUGGCCCCUAUAAGGCGAAGUCCAUCUACUUCCCCAAGGAUAUGAGCAUUGAAACUUUGGAGUAUCUCGCUGAAGCCUCGGUCGACCCAGUGUGUCAAAAUCCUGGUGAUUGUGUGAUGCUCUUAGACUUCUACGGUCAUGUCAUGUCAGAAGAGCCCGAGGACUGUGACCCAAGUGAUGGCAAGUGUACCUCUUUCGAUCACCGAACGCCCGGGUGGCACCUGCAAAUGUUGGAUAUUUGGGAUAAGGAUGAGCCAACUCCCACUGACAAACUUGCAUGGAUUCAGCAGAC